CCUUCGAGACGUGUCAAGCGAGUCGAUAGUGUGGACGGAAAUACGAAUGGAUCUAUGUCCCGUGCAUUAUCGUCGCCGUCCGAAAAAAAUCCCUCCGACCUCGGCAGCCCUCGAGUAGUACCCAACGGACGGGGUUCUGAGUCGAGAGAAUGGAGUAAUCCACCGGUAGGGCCCGUGGAAGACAUCCUGCCGCCACAGGAGUUGAUCGAAGAAGCAUGCGACAUAUUCUUCGUGCGCAUUAAUCAGUGCGCUUUCCUACAUAAGCCCACGUUCAUAGCCAGACUGCGCGAUCCCGCAAGGGUCGUCAGUUCCGUCCUCAUAUAUGCAAUAUGCGCAUCCACAUAUCGGUUCUCCCCUGGUCUGGUCCAGUUCUGCGGCUCUUGUAAACGUCCACCGAGCUACUUUGGAGACAGGGCUAGAGCGCUCUUGUUCGAAGCUUUGGGCGAACCUACGCUGGAGGCGUGCCAAGCUGCGUAUUUACUGGGCAUAGCAGAUUGGGGAGCAUGCAAAGGCAAACGUAGUUGGAUGAUCAUGGGCAUAGCGGCAAGGAUGGCAUUCCUUUUGGGCCUUCACAAAGAAGAAACUCACGCGGUUCCUCCUGGCUCUCCGCGAGACCAGAUCAUCGCAGCCGAAGAAGCGCGACGGACAUUCUGGACGCUCUACAUCAACGAUCGGUCCAGCAGUAGCGGCGGCUGCCGUCCUUCUGCCAUCCUUGCCAGCGAAGUGAGCGCGCGAUUGCCCUGCGACGAAGACAGCUUCGCGUUCGGGACGCCCACACCACCGUAUUACCUCGCGGAGUUCCACAGACCGCCCCUCCAGCCGAAUGGGAGCCCCGUGGAUAUGGGUAUGAUGGCGUAUAUGGUGCAAGUGGCUGAGCUGUGGGGAAGAGCCGCUCGGCGGGCAUGCAACACCGACCGGCUGCAGGGCGAGAAAGUGCCUCCAUGGGAUAUGCAGAGCGAGUAUUCCAUUCUGAAAUCUGAUUUGAAUUACUGGAGGAGUCAAUUGCCUAAUCGACAGCAAUACAGUCGUGGCAACCUCUCGGUGUACUAUCAGCGCGGGCUAGAGACCGCUUUCACUUGGAAUCAUGUCGUUCACAAAGCCGCGGAGGUGAUCUUGCGUCGUGCAUAUCUGCCAUACAUCAUCCGCGCUCUUGCCCCGGAGACCUCGGGGCUAUCACUUGAUUCGCUGGAAGCUCCCUGGCAGGGCGAUGUGACGCCUGCUCCCCAUUUCUGGGUCCAGUGUGGCAAAGAGAUGUUCUAUGCUGCAAUCGACUUGAUCACGAUCAUCAUGGACUUCACAACGCUGACACAUUACUCGGGACUUUCUCCGCACCUAGGGUUUAGCACAUUCCUUGGUGCAGCAACUUUAAUGUAUGCUUGGCGAUGGCCGUGGCUAUUUCCAGAACGAUCUAUGGAAGUUCCCCAGUUGGUUUUAGCGUCUACGGAUAUCCUAGCGACGAUGACCCCAACUUGGCCGAUGGCACGUCACUGGGUUAAGCUACUUCGUCAGCCCAUCAAGAAGCGUAUCGACGAAGCUGUCCAGGACGACAUCGCGACGGAUCAGAGGGAAGGCAUAUAUCGUCAAGCGUCGUCCCUCGAUGACGAUGGCAGUGGGAACAAUUCCGGAGACGAGAUGCUCAGCGGAGUAUCCCUUGCGGGGAAUGGCACAAACACGCCCAGAUCACCGAACGACCAUUCGCCUGUCGCACCUGCCCUUCAUACGCUGGCGAUGGCAGCCGCAGGAUCGGUGGUGGAGGCACCCUCCCCCAUGCAGUCUCAGCCUCCUAUGCCGAUGAUGCACCCAGGUCAAGUACACCCGCCGAUGGCCCAUAUGCUCCCUCAGGCCCCCCCGCAACAUCAACAGGGCCAGGAUUUCACGUCAUAUUCCUUGCUCGGGCCUCAUUCCGAGAUGCCUUUCGGCGAUCCGAGCGGCCACCAAUCCUUCAAUGACGUUCUCGCAUUCAUGGAAGGUGCCGAACAGUGGGCGUAUCCUCCUCCACCCCCCACUUAGGCAGGCCUGCCCUUCAUGCGCCGCAUAUAAUUUACAAAAUACCUAGCGGGAGACAUCUCUACUGUACAUAUUUCUUGGAUGGCUUACCGCUGCGUAUCCGCUUGUACUCUCCACAGCUUUAUAGGGACUGUAAGUUUGGUAUUCACAGGUCUUUCCAGUUGAAUCUGUCC